AUGUUUUCCAAAACCCGUUCAUCGCUUUUGCUUCCUUUUCUGUCUGUUCUGCAUGGAGCUCUUGCGCAGCAGACUUCCAAUACAACCAAUACCUACACAACUUUCAGCGGCAGCGUUGCCUCAACCAUUCUUGUCAUCGCAACAGAUGCCACAUCAGCAACUGUUGCCGCGCAGGGAUUGAAUGGCUACGGCAUCCCACACCAAAGCCUCAUUGUCCCACAGACUGGGGUUGCUCUGCCAACGCUGAGCUCCCCUGCCGGUGGCAACUAUGGCGGUAUCAUCGUUGCAUCUGGCGUCCUCUACGAGUACAAUGCCAACAACUAUUCGAGUGCCCUCACUAAUGAUCAAUGGAACGCCUUGUACGAAUACCAAAUCACGUACGGAGUCCGCAUGGUCCAAUAUGGCAUAUUUCCCACUCUUGAUGCGGGAGUGGUCGCCUCGGGCGGCUGCUGCAACACCAGCGUCUCGCAGUCCAUCUACCUCACCGACACGAGUGCAUUUUCGCAAGCAGGCUUGAAGGCGAACGCUGCGCUGGAAACGGCAGGCUUGUACCAUUACCCAUCUACCAUUUCGAACACGACGACCACGACUGCCAUUGCAGAAUUCGGGCCCGCAAGCGACGGCAGCUUUACAUCCAACAGCACUGCCGCCGUCAUCAACAAUUUCGCAUCUGGCCGGCAGCAGAUGGUCUUCUUCAUUGAUUUCUCACAGAACUGGUCGGCGACCUCGUCACUCCUUCAGCAUGCCUACAUUACCUGGCUUACGAGGGGCUUAUACGCCGGAUACCGUCGUGUCAACUUGAACACUCAGAUUGAUGACAUGUUCCUCGAGACCGACUUGUAUUCCCCCAGUGGCACCACCUAUCGUGUUACGCCAGACGACAUGACUGGAAUUGUCGGCUGGCUGCCUUCGAUUCGCGCCAUUAUGCCUGCAGGGAGCAACUAUUCCGUGGAAAUCGGGUUCAACGGCAAUGGCAACAUCGAACAGGCCGAAGCUUCCGAUGCAGGGCAGCGAGUGUGUUCGCCCGACUCCAUCGAGUAUGGCGACCAGCCCGACACCGCGUUGGAGUUCAAGAAGCCGAUAGGAACGGGCACAGACCUCUGGCCGACCACGCCAACAACGUACAACUACUCUGUAGACUGCUUGAACCUCGACCCUUUGAAGACGUGGUUCGACACGAAUGUCCACAAUUUCAACACCAUCAGCCAUACUUUCACUCACGAAAACCAAGACAACGCCACGUACGCAGACGUCCUCAAGGAGAUUGAAUUCAACCAGGCCUGGCUCGCCCAGUCCGGGAUUGCUUCGGCCAACUUCACCGCGAACGGCCUCAUCCCCCCGGCGAUCACUGGCUUGCACAAUGGAGACGCCCUGAGAGCAUGGCACGACGCGGGUCUUGUCCAGUGUGUUGGAGACAACAGCAGGCCCGUGCUCCGCAAUCAGCAGAACGACAUGUGGCCCUAUAUCACCCAGGAGGGCGCUGACGGAUAUGCCGGCAUACAGGUAAACGGUCGGUGGCCGACGAGGAUAUACUUCAACUGUGAUACCAGCGACUGCACAACGCAGGAAUGGAUCGCUACGUCGGCCGGCAGUGGCACGUUCAACGACCUUCUGGCAGCAGAAAAGGCCGACUCCAUCCGCUACCUGACGGGGCUUUAUCACGAUGCUUUCAUGUUCCACCAGGCUAACCUCCGAACGACGGGACUUGGUACGACAACAAUCAACGGCGUUGCUUCUAAUAUCGGCAUUUUCCAGGCCUGGGUGGAGACCGUCGUCCAAGAAUACGUCCGUCUCUUGGAAUGGCCCAUCAUCACCCUGCAGCAAGUUGACUUCUCCGCCCAGUUCGCGAACCGCAUGGCCCGUGACGCCUGCUCCUACGGGCUCGCGUACGACGUCGCCUCCGGCAGCAUCACCGGCGUCACUGUCACGGCCAGCGGAAACACCUGCGGCUCGCCCAUCCCCGUCACCGUCCCGGGGUCCGUGACUGACACCCACGGGUUCGCGACCGAGCAGAUUGGAUCGGACCCUUUGACGAUUUGGGUGCAGCUGUCGGGGUCGCCUGUAUCUUUCACUCUCUCGCAACCUGUUGCUCUGUGA